GGAAAGGGUUUUGCUUUCUCUUCAGUUUUUGUUCUUUUUUUUUUCUUUUUUGUGAUGUGUAAAGAUUUUGAUUUUGAUUUUGAUUUUGCUGAGAGAUAUGAAACGGCGGCACUGUGAGAAAGUUUUGAUUCGUAUUCACAAUAUUGGUACACCAUUGGUUUCUGGGUCUUCUGGUUUACCCGUAGAGUUAGUUCAGAUUGAAUCAGAUCGGCCGUACACGAUUGGUCGGAGGAGUAGUGGUGAUGAUAGGUUUUGCGAUUUCGUCAUUGAUAAUGGCGGUAUUAGUAGAAAGCACUGUCAGAUUAUAUUCGAUAGCCAAAGUCGCAAACUUAACGUUUUUGACGGCGUGAUUCUCUUGCCUUCGGGUGGUUUUAGUCAAGUUAUUGAUGAGUUUAGGAGAAGAUUAGUUGGUUUUGAGGAUUUGGAGGGUUUGAAGUUUAGGGCUUCUUUGAAUGGUGUGUAUGUUAAUCGUGUUAGGGUUGGGAAAGCUAAAGUUCAGGAGAUUUGUGUUGGUGAUGAGGUAUUGUUUGUUUGUGGUAAGGAAGGGUUGUGCAAUAAGCAUUGUCGAGUUGGGUUUGUGGUUCAGGGGAUUGAGUUUGAAGGAAGGGAUGCUUUGAUUGUUGAAGAUAGAUGUGCAAUGAUUGGAGUGUCGGUUUCUUCAGGACAUUCUCGAGGAACGUUUUCUAGUGGGAAGAGAAGCAAAAGGGUUUUUGCGCCCAUGGAAAACGAGAUUAAUUCUCAGUUUUGUCCACCUAAAGCUGCUGUUAGCGUUGUUGGUAGGUUGAAUUCUCUUGUAAGCUAUUGUAGACAUAUAUUAAGCAGUGAUGAUCCUGUAUCUUGCCUUAGGCUAUCUUUUAUAUCAGAUUCUGUAAAGGAAUGCUCAUUCUGUUGUACAUCCAAAAUGUUAAGGUCAAAUGUAGAUGUUGUGGCAGAUAUUAGAGAAGUCAAGAGUGCCGAGACAAAUCAUGAGAUGGGUCAUGGUUUGUCCGGUUUAAGGGUGAGGGAUGGACUGCUGAGCCCGCAAUCACAUCUAGGUAGUAGACUUGGUGUGUCAAACUUGAUAAGCGAAGUAGAAAAUUAUGGUGCUGAUUGUAUUUUUGUCAGUGACAAGACUAAGACUAGGCUUGCGUUUGAUGGAGAUAAAGAAAACGCUCCCGAGACUAGUUGCACCGGGAAGGAGAAAAGUUUUCAAAGUUCUCUACAAGCACCUGGGAAGAACUUUUAUCUAAACCGUCUUCAGUAUAUUGAACAAAGCUCAACUGGUUGUCAACGGGUGGUGUCCUUGCCUGAACUUCUUCACCCUGUGGAAAGCAUUUCACAAAUCUUUAUUGCUACAUUUACAAGUGAUGUCUUAUGGUUUCAUACCUGUUGUGAGAUACCUAGCCACUUGCCGGUGACUAUUGCAUGUCACAAUGCUGAGAGAUGUUGGAGUUCAAACUCUGAUGCAAGAACUGCUGCUCCUUUGCCAAAUUACCCUCAUGUAACUAUGGUGUUUCCACCAUUUCCUGAGGAAAUUGCAUUUGGGAAAGACCGCAAGAACCGUGGCAUUGCUUGUCAUCACCCGAAGCUGUUUAUUUUGCAAAGAGAAGAUAGCAUCCGUGUAAUUAUUACAUCUGCAAACUUGGUAGCAAGACAGUGGGAUGACGUGACCAACACAGUUUGGUGGCAAAAUUUUCCACGAAGAGCUGACCCUGAUAUUUUAUCCCUUUUCGGACCUUGUCGAAGAAAAACCAAUAUUGGUUUUAGGUCAGAUUUUAGUGCUCAGCUGGCUGGAUUUGCUGCAUCACUUUUGAUUGAUGUUCCAAGUCAAGCCCAUUGGAUUCUCGAGUUCACGAAGUACAACUUUGAAAACUCAGCAGGUCACCUUGUGGCUUCAGUGCCUGGAAUUCAUUCUUAUAAGCCAUCUUAUCUUACAGAAUCUGUUUGCUCAAAUACUAUUUACAGUGAAGAAUUUGUGGGAUCUGUUGAAGCAUCUGUCGUAGGUCUCAGUUACCUUUUCCGCUCUGCCAAUGAUUCCACAGGAGCACAACUGAAACGACUGGCGUCAUAUAUCUCCAGAACCCGGGAAACUUCUUUCGGAAUGUUGGAACUUGUUUUGAGAAGAAAUACGAAUGUUCCUGCUGACGCGAAUGCUGUGAGCGUCCUUGUUUCUAACCCUGAUGAUGAUUCAAGAGACGAUUUUGUCCAACUAGGCUUUUUGCCACGGAAUAUCGCAAAAUGGGUUUCUCCUUUGUGGGAUAUUGGGUUCUUUAAAUUUGUGGGAUAUGUGUAUCGGGAUGAAGUCCUUGGAGCUGCUUCUUGUAGGAGCAACCAGAAGGUGCAACUAAUGCUACAUGUAUUACAGGGAGUGGCCAUUUCAGAUGUGUCAAAGUUGAUUCAACCUAAUCACGUUGUUGCAUUGUCCUCGUUGAUCGCUUCAAUUCAGAGGUGUACUGGCAUUUGGAGGCUACAAGAGGUGUUAGGCCGUUACAAGUGGCCAGAAUCUCAGGAAUCUGAUCUCGUCUACAGUGCAUCCUCGAUUGGAGGCUCAGCAACUGCAGGAUUUCAAGCUGAUUUUUCCUCAGCUGCGGGUAAAAAAGCGUUACAGAAUUUUGACUCCCAAGAGUCUGAUCCAGAGUGGGGAUGCUGGAGUAAAAAGGAAGAACGGGAAGCUCCUUCCAUUAAAAUUGCAGCUGCAUGGGGACAGACCAUUUCCAAAUCCUCCAGAAACAACCAGGACCAGUCCCACAAUGCCAUCAAACCGGUCAGUAAACUUCGUGUAUGCAACUACGAGCUCGGGAUUGUAUUCGUUUUCCCUCCACCUCAUGAAGAUAUUGACUCAUGCGACGGGUCUAAGAUCAAUGAUAUUGUGCUGCCGUUUGUUUUACCGGCUCCAAAAUAUGGAUGGAGUGAUAAACCGGCUACAGGUUUGGCAAUGAAGGAAGCUUUUGCUGAGUUUAGGGAAAGCUCUAGAAGUUUGUGUGGAGAAACUGAAGUUGAGGAGGAAGUGGAAGAAGAAGAAGAAGAGGAAGAAGAAGCUGAAACUGAAGUUGGAGAAAGAGUAGAGUUCGUUGGAGAAGAGGAGAAGGCUUACGCUGAGGCCUUGUGGAGCCAGGUUGAGUCAUCCUCCCUCAGCUCCUGA